UUCUGAAAAAGUCUCCCCGUGAUUCACCCCGACAGUCUGUGUCUCACAGCAGAAUCAGUAAGCACCGGUCGUGGUGGGAAGAGAAAGUAGAUUAUUUAGCCAUAAUAACGGAGAGAAAAAAUCUCAUCGGCGAAGGAAGGGAAGAAACCUGGAACGAGAAAGCAAGAGCUCAUCCUUCCAAAUAAAUAUCAAGAUAAAACAAGAUGCUAGAAAAUCAGACCGCUGGUUGGAUAAGUCUUCUUCCUUGUAAGAGAAAGAAACUCUUUCUUUCUUUGGCAGCAAUCUUGGCCAUCCUCUGCAAAGGAAUCAGAAGUCAAAGGGAAUGGACGUAUACAAUCACCGUGGAACUUUCUGUCACCGUACAGCGUGGUCUUGCUGUUCAUAUUCCAUGCCAGUUCACGUAUAACCAGGAAGACCAGCGGUGGUCUGAGAACAUAUUUGCUUAUUGGAUUAAGAAACACUAUUCCUUCUGUUCUCCAUCGGUUAAUCAAGCCUGCAGGCCUGUUGCUACCAACAAACAAAAUGAGGGAGUCGAACGUUCGGCUAAGAACCGCUUCCAUUUAUUAGGAAAUCCAAAUGAAGGAAAUUGCUCACUUUUCAUCACAGAUGCUCGCAUAGAAGAUGAAGGGGAAUACUUCUUGAGAAUUGAGGGGCAAUAUAACUUAAAAUAUUCUUUCGUCAAGAAAACACUUAAUGUUAAAGUGAUAGAACCAAUCCAGAAAGUUACUAUCAGAGUGAACAACAGAGGCUCUGGCUCCCCAUCUUCGCCACUCAACCCUGUGAUAACCAAGGAAGGAAACACUGUCACUCUGAUUUGUACUGCUGAUGGUACACCACCUCCCACUCUAUCCUGGAUGAAGGAGAACCAGCAAAUUGAUAGUCCCACACAGCAGAGGCUUCAGCUGCGUGAAAUUGGACCAAAGGAUGCUGGGAAAUAUCAAUGCUUGGCAAACAAUCUGUAUGGAUCUCUCAAGACAACGGUUGAAGUGAUCGUCCAGUAUCGUCCAAGGAUGCUGGUUUUCAACACCUCCCAAACUCACAGGAGAGGCUCCAUACUCUCUCAAGGUUGCUUCAAGGAGCUGCCCAGUGGCUCUGAGUUGACAGCCCAAGAAGGUGACUCAUUGGAGCUGUUCUGCCAAGCAGAUAGCAACCCUCCAGCCACAACUAGUUGGGAGAAAAGAGACGGCCACUUGCAGAAGCCUCUAGAUAACCAAUUGCGACUGACCAACCUGACUGUUGAAGAUGAGGGUGUCUAUGUGUGCACUGCUACAAACAUGCUCGGCACAGUUCAGGGGUUCUUCCGGCUCUCUGUGACAUAUGCCCCAAGGCUCAGCAGAAGCCCCCAGAAAAAUACAACAUGUUCUUACCAUGACAAUGAUUUCCUAUGUACUUGUACCUGGGAUGCUAAGCCACUCCCCCAGAUCGAGUGGGAGGUGGAUGGGGAGAGGAUAACCGAGGAGAGCAAGAGAAGAGGAAACUGGACAGUCCAACCUUCAGUCCAGAAGAAUGAGGCCACCAGUACCUUAAACUGGACUGGCAGCUUAGAUAGAGAUCAUAAUAUUAUCUGCAUGGGGAGCAAUUCUUAUGGAAUCCAAAGAAUGCAAUUCCUGUUGAAGGCCAAGAGAGACCCAACUUCAGAAUCUUCCAUAGGAAGAUCUAAUAAGACUUUGUUCAUUGCUGGGAUAUGUGGAAUUUUUCUGGGAGCUGGAAUCUUCAUGUUGUGCCUAUUCCUGAUCAGGGUUUUUAAGCAGAGGAAAGCAUUGCUCGAAGCUAGCCAUGUCGAAGGAACCUCUUCUGGACGAGAACCACAGGAGAAACCCAAGAAUUCCAGCCAUAUCUACAGCAACGUUUUCCCGAUGGGUCCAAGAUUACCCCAUGCUGAUAAGCCAAACCCUGCUGGAAAAAGGAAGCCUAAAGCACCCCAGGGACCCACUGUUCCAGCCCCAAGGACAGCAGAGCCACCUGAACUGCAGUAUGCAGCCCUAGAUUUCAAGCCGAAAAGUAAAGGCAUUUCAGAUUUAGGCGAAAACAAUGUGGAAUAUUCAUCGAUCCAAAAAAAACAAAAGCCUCAGAAGUGAGGGUUAGCAUUUGAAGAAAUGGGGAGAGAAAGGGGAUUGAUGUUUUUUGAACUUCGGUGGUGACUCAGGGUUGGCAUUCACUUAACUUCCUUACCGAUUUGCAAAUGCAUGCAUUCACUCGUGCCCACCUCCGUACAUGCACUUUUGGUGAAAAGAAAAUGGCCUAAAUGGGAUGCCGUAGACCCAGGGAGGUGGGCGGAGCCACCUACAAUUUCCGCUACCGGUUCAGGCGAACUGGUAGAAUGCCACCUCUGCGAUGACUCCUGAAGAAACCAUGGAUAGCCAAGAAAUAAAUCAUCCAACAAAUCAGCUCGUCAUUCAAGCCAUAAUUAAUCAGGCUCAGAUUGUCUACUUCAUGCCCAUUAUGAGGAGACCCAGCUGCAACACUGGGAAAGGAGGAAGGAAAGAGAAGAAGAGGAUAACCAGCAGCAAGGGGGAUGGAUUCUGUUAUAAGUGGCCAUGGGGCAACCUAUGGACCACGUUAGGGACAGAUCAUCCUGGAGGAAGUUUAUUUACCUCCCAGAGACCUAUACGAUCACACAGAUUAGA